AUGAGCAUGCGGUGUUUGUUGAUGGUCUGUGUCCUGGCCCUCACGAUCCAGGAGUUGGCUGGCUUGCAGGACGACAAGGAUAAGCGACAUCGGAUCGCGGCACAUCUUGAUGGAACCCCUCUACCUCAACCCGAUCGUCUGGUAGCUAUUGGAGACCUCCACGGAGACAUUGUAGCAACACGACGGGCUUUAAGACUCGCAGAGGUUUUGCAUCCAGAGAGGGACGAGUGGGUUGGUGGCAAGACUGUAGUUGUCCAAGUAGGAGAUCAGCUUGAUAGAGGGGAUGACGAGCUUCAAAUCUUGUCUCUCCUUCGCAAGCUUGCUGUUCAGGCACGCCAACAUGAAGGGGCUCUCCACGUAUUGAUAGGGAACCAUGAAAUCUUGUCUACACAUACAGCAAGAUAUGCGACACGUGGAGCUUUGGAAAAUUUCUUUCGAUGGCAAAGGCAAUGCAUGAACAACUCAACCUUAACGGAAGAAGAGUUUCACGCAAAUCUCUGUGAUUUACAUGAAGGGCCCCUCGAAUGCCAUGCUAGCAACUUGCAAUGUCAUGAAUUAGCUUCCAGGCUGUCUGGAUCUGCCGGUCUAAGCAGGUACAUGGCUUUGCAUCCUGGAGGCAUGAUAUCAAGAACAAUCUUGGCUGAGGAAAGAACAACAGCUUUGAUUGUCGGGCAAACUCUGUUUGUGCAUGCUGGAAUCGAUCUUGAUCACAUUAUCGGACACGAGAACCCGUCAGAGGCGUUGAAAAAGAUCAAUGAGGAAGUAUCAGCCUUUUUCCGCGGCGAGAAAGAUGGACUGCCGUUGCCAGCAGCAAGCACGCCUGACAGCAUGGUAUGGAUGAGACGAUACGGGGGGACACAUAUAGAUGCAGGCACAUGCGCCACUCUCAACGCAACUCUGAAAGCUCUUCCUGGAGAUGUCAGGCGCAUGGUGAUCGGGCACACCAUACAAGAAAGCAAGACGAUAAAUAGCGCGUGUGAUGGCGCGGUCUGGAGAGUAGACAUUGGUAUGAGCUCGGGAACAUAUGGAACAGAACCCCAGAUCCUUGAGAUGUGGAAGAAUGGAACUGUGAACGUCAAGAAAGAAGCAGCAAUGCGGUUUAAGGCCGAGGAUGAAGGUGAAAGCCCUCGAAGAUCAUUCUGGAAGAUAGCUUCCGGCAUUCGGAAGAGCGCAGAAAAGCUUUUGGAACUGUAA